AGUUUGCAGGUACUGUGAAGUUUCUGCCCAGGACUCUGCAGUCAGUGGCGGCAAUGGCAUUUGUCCCUGAUUUGGACACACUGGAGAGCAGCAGCCUGAACGAGGAGACGUUGUAUGGCCCCAAUUGUCUCUGCCCACAGAAGAAGCCCCGACUGGACUUGGAGGUGACAUCGCCUGGGGUGGACAUCCAGGUGACAGUGACAAAAGGACACCUUUCCAGGACCUUUCGCCAGGCUGCCGUCCUGGUGGCUGCUGUGACCAAGCUCCUAAAGCAGCCAUCACACAACGACUUUGCUGAUAGUGACCUUGGCAGCCUCUUGGAUGAUAUUUUCGAGCCCGUCUCCUUCCAGUGCAUCAAGGGCAGUUAUACCAGGGCACCCGUUUUCCGCUACACUCGCUCCCAGUCCUUCGACAUCCUGGACAUUGACCACAAGUGCUUCGUACUGGAGUCACCCCCCCAGCUGGUGGCCCUGCAUCUGCAGGGGCCCUCUGCUGGACGGAAAGUGAAGCUCGACAUUGCUCUGUACCGUCCCCGGUCAUCGCAGAGCGGUCCAGGGUCUGGAAGGGUGCCGGUGGCAUUGGGUAUCAAGGGCUACCAGCUCUAUAUGUCAUGUGUGAUGAGUGACACGAAGCCCGUGCUGCAGCUGGAGGAAGCUGACAUCAGGAGGGAUAUUGAGAGUGUGGAGCUGACCCGCUUCAUCUUCUACCGCCUGGACAGCCCAGCUGAGGGGACCACCCGCUUCGAGUCGGCUGCCUACCCUGGCUGGUUCAUUUGCACAUCCCUGCAGCCCCGCCAGCCUGUCAGCAUCACAAACACCCCAGACCAGGUGAACAUUGCUACCUAUGAGCUGAGUGGGCGCUGAGGACUCUGCAUCAACCCAACCGGCAGUCACCGGUUUUCAGGCUGUAUGUACUAAGUACAACCCCAUGGGACACAACUCCCUUCCGCAUCUAUUUCAUGUGAAAUAGCAGCUCUGGGCCCCAUGGGCUCGAGCCAUCCCGAUCUUAUUUAUUUAUUUAUUGUGUCUGCCCAUUGCUUUGGUACUUAUUUAUUGUACCU